AUGGCGAAACGCAAAUUGCACGGCGGGAAGCACAAAACAGGAAAGCUGCACCACAUCGGCACCCUCCUGCUUCUCGCUGUCGCUCUCCUCGCCCUCGUCACUAGUAUUACUACCCCUACCGUUCAAGACAUUUCUCUGUUGAAGGUGACUGGGCCCAGUAGCACCGUCUUCCUGGGGACAUUUGGCUACUCUUUCAGCGAUGGAACAAGCUCUUCCAGCUCUGUUGGCUACGAUCCACUAUUGCCAGUAUCCCAAGCCAUCCCAGGAUACAUCAGCUCGAUAUCCCACGAACAAGCAACCGAUCUCGCGAGAGGCUUGAUCCUCCACCCUCUCAUCUGCCUCAUCGCCUUCAUCUCAUUCUUCGCCGCGCUCGGCUCCGGCUUCUGCGGCACCCUAUUUGCGGCCCUCCUCUCCGCCGUCACAUUUCUGAUCACCAUCCUCGCCGUGGCCUUCGACUUUUCACUUUUCACAGCCAUCAAGAACGAUGUGGUGAAUGCCAAUGGAACCGCAGAAUAUGGCACAGGGAUCUGGACCAUCCUUGUGGCGAUGAUGCUCUCUUUUUUCGCAACAUUCGCCGUAUUGUUCUCGUGCUGUGGCUCCAGACGGCACAAGAAGAAGCAGGGACACCAACAGCACCACGAGGCUGGCCACCACGAGGAAGCGAUCGUUACUAUUACGACGACGACAACGAAAGGUGCUGCACAUAAGAAACAAAGGGGCUUCUGGCGCAAGAUCAAGAAAUGUAUUUGUUGUCGUUGA